AUCGAACUCUUCGAGAUCUCCAAACCAGCCCAAAUUCAACAUGAAAUUCCUGAUCGUCUUUGUAGCAAUCUUCGCUUUUGCUUUGGCUAACGAAGCGCAAAUUAUUAACUUGGAAUCCGAUGUUGGACCCGAAAACUUUCAGUGGUCCUUCGAGACCAGCGAUGGCCAGGCGGCUAACGCUAAGGGACAGUUGAAGUACCCUAACACCGACCACGAGUCCCUUGCUGUCCAGGGAUCCUUCCGCUUCGUUGCCGAUGAUGGCCAGACCUACGAAGUCAACUACAUCGCCGAUGAGAACGGAUUCCAGCCCCAGGGUGCCCAUCUUCCCGUUGCCUCCUAAGUGGUUCGAAGUGGAAUACCAUGAUUUUAAUAUUGCUUUAACUGCCCUAAAUCCGUUUUGGCCAAGUCAAAAGUCAAAAUUGUAGAGCUACUAAAUAAUAAAAAAUAAUGAAUGUAUAUAAAAGAAUCUGUUUUUC